AUGAUAAAGGAAUCACAAGUUUCAAAUGGAUGGAGUGGAUCUAAAUUGCUUAUUAACGAAGACAUUCCAGAGAUAACCGAGUAUUUAUCAAAGUUACCUGCAAAUGAGCAGACUGAAAAGCCUUCCCAGUCCUCAAAGGGAGUGUCUCUUUGGUCUGGUGCCUCUCAAUUCACCCCAGUUGAAAGCUUCGUUCAUAAGGCCAAGUGUAUAUCUCUCAGUGACCUUUGCAAGGUGAAACAGGACAUGUUAUGCGUUACUGUUGGAACAACACAAAGGUUUUUUGUCUCAAAACACGGUUGGUUUUAUUAUGGAUGUACUAAAUGUUCUUUAAAGGCAUCUGAUGUGAACAAUCCAUACAAAUGUUCGUGUGGACAGAAUGUAGAACAUGCCAUACCAAGGUAUCGAGUUGACAUAUAUGUAGUUGAUGGUGAAUCAAAACUUCGCUUUGUGUUUUGGGACACUGACUGUGCCGACAUUAUUGGAAAGUCUGCUGAUAGUAUUUAUAAAGCAAUGCUUGAGGAAGGUGACGACGACCCUAUGAUAUAUCCAGAUGAACUUGACAUGCUUCUUGGUAAAAAAAUGGCGUUUAGGGCUAAAGUUCAGCCAACAUUUGGCCAAGCAUCUGUUUGGAAACUUUCCUAUGAUGAAGAAUUUGUAAAGGAAAUUGAGAAAGAUUAUAUUACUGAUGAAGGUGAUAGCAAAUCUUUAAACCAAAACCCAGUCGUUGAUCGUGUCGAUGAAUCCAUUGAGUCAUUGUCUGCAUACGGAGAAAAUGAUCCUGAUAAAGUUGUGACCAAUACUCCAUCUAAAGGAAGUCUCGUUAAUCUUGAUGCUGUAGAUUCUGAAUUUCAAGCCUAUGGUACUACUCAACUUUCAGGAACAAAGCCUUCAAAGAAAGUUAAGAUUGAAUCUGAUGCCUGA